AAUUAUUGUUUUUCCAAAAUGAAACAAAAAGAAACAAAAUACUAGUAGUGCUCGUAUUUUCAGCUUCCAGGUGAUGAAAAUUUGGGAAACAAUUUCUCUAUAUUCUGCAUAAAAGCAUCAUCACUGUGGCAGAGCUUACAGUAUUAGCUUCCGAACUUUUCAUUUAGGCGCAAGGUUCCUUCAGUGCAGAAUCUUGAUUCUUUCUGCAAGGCGUGAACUUUAAGAGUUUGUUACUGAAAUAGGAAUAAAUCAACUCAUAUCCUAUUCUGGUAUAUUCCGGUUGAGAACAGGUUGAAGACUUUACUGAAUAUGGCUUAGCUUUUAUUCAUGAUUCUUUCAUGUUCAGCAUGAAUUUGACUUAGGUCAAAAUAGAUAUUGAUGGAGCGAAACCUAGGACAAGAUUCCCUGGGGCAACAGAAAAACUAUGAACAAGUCAGAUACAGCUCCGUGGAGACCAGAACUGAAGGACUUGGUUUUGCAAACCAAAGAUUCUUCCAUGAUCCGUCUAGUUCUAUCAACACCAAUAUUAGACCCCCGGAGCUUGGUAUACCAGUCCUUGCUAGACCUGUUUUAAAUUAUUCUAUUCAGACUGGGGAGGAGUUUUCUUUUGAGUUUAUGCGGGACAGGGUAAAUCCAAGACAGCAAUUUAUGCCAAAUGUGUCCGGUGCUGAACCUGGUGGUUCAUCUUAUAUGGAUUUAAAGGGCAUCCUGGGCAUAUCCAGUUCAGCAGCAUCUGAGAAUGGAUCAGAUAUCUCCAUGAUUCCCCCAGCACAAAAGAUUCAAGCCCAGGUUCAUGAAAGAAAUAAUUCCUUUGCAAAUGAAGAAAAAGGUUUCUAUCAACCAGUGCCUCCAGUACCUCGAAGUUCAUCUAGAAAUAGCAUGAAUCAUGGUUCAUCUAGAGCACCACAAAUCUCAUCCCCAAAGUUGAAGUUUCUCUGUAGCUUUGGGGGUAGAAUUAUGCCUCGUCCAAGUGAUGGAAAGCUAAGGUAUGUGGGUGGUGAAACCCGCAUCAUUCGGUUAAGCAAAGAUGUUUCAUGGGAGGACCUUUUGCAAAAAUCUUUGUCUAUCUACAGUCAAACCCAAGCCAUCAAGUACCAGCUUCCUGGUGAGGAUCUUGAUGCCUUGGUGUCAGUCUCCUGCAAUGAGGAUUUGCAGAAUAUGAUCGAUGAGUGUAAUGUGCUUGAAGACAGUGGAUCACAGAAACCAAGGAUGUUUCUUUUUUCAAGUAGUGAUCUGGAUGAUUCUCAGCUUGCUCUUGGGAAUGUGGAACCUGAUUCUGAGUUUCAGUAUGUUGUGGCUGUCAAUGGCAUGGAUUUUGGAUCUAGAAGGAACUCUAUUGCUCUCGCUAGCACAUCGCAGAACAAUUUGGAUGAACUGCUUGGUUUCAGUGUUGGCAGGGAGAUGAAUCAAGUUACGGAAGGCUUAGCUGGGAUCAAUGCUACUCAACCUAGGGAAAAUGUAUAUUCCAGUGACCAAUCUACUCAACAAAUAGCGCCGGUUUUUUCACAUUUUGAGUCUCAUCCACUUAAUUACCACAAUAACAAAACCCAAGGAGAUGUUGAGUGGCAUCCUGUAACUAGUUUUCAAUACACAGACAGUUCGACGAAAACAGAUGUUAAAACCUUUGUUCAGCCUGCUUCUACAUUGAAGUAUGAAACUUCUCAUGGAUCCAAUCAUCACAUGAUUAUGGAAAACUUGGUUCCACAUUCUAACCAAGGGCAUAUCGCUCUUCAGGGAGGUCAACAGCCACAUGGCAGCUUGUAUGUCAAUUAUUCGGAUCAAAUAGCAGCUGAGAUGACAGUAAAUAGGGAAAAGUCUAUAAAAAAAGCAGCUGAAUUUAGUGCUGAUCAGUCUGUGGAAAAGAACGCACUUUCAGAGGGGACACAAAUGAGAAGAGAAAACUCAACCCCCAAAAUCAAUGAAACUGAGAAAAUGCAAUCUUCAGGAAACACUAAGAUUUAUACCUCAAAUGACAUGAAUGCUUCAAAUUCCAUUGCUAAAGAUGACGCCUCGGUGGUUUCUCCUGCAGAUUUUCCUGGACCUGUUGUUACUCCGAAAGCCUCUGAGACUAACCAGAAACCUGUGCAGAAGUCAGUACCUCCCGUUAUGGUUGAGGAGGAGAAAGUUGAUAAGUUCAAUGAAGAUGGCCAUCUUUAUUUGUCUGGCAAUGCAUCUGCUGAUGGUUAUGGUGAUUUAAAUGCCUCUCCAAAUGAACCAUCAGUGCUUCCUCAGCGGGUUUUCCGUUCAGAACGGAUUCCAAGAGAACAAUCAGGGUUGAAUCGCCUCUCCAAAUCUGACGAUUCCUACAGCAACCAGUUUCUGAUAGCGCAUACACAAUCUGAUGUCUCACUGCAAUACAUUGACCCGGUUGAUUUGGUGCCUGAGAGAAAUGCAGAUGUAGCAGACUCUACUGACAAGAUGCAAGAAAAAAAUGUGGGUACUCAGACCAAGGAAUAUAUAGCUUCUGGUGAUCCUCAACAGCAUCAUUCUGCUGCUACUGGCAAUAACCAACAAAGACAAGAGAAGUCUGGAGAGCUAUAUAAUAAAGUCAGUGUUCCAAGUUCCAGCAUUUCAAGAGAAGUUUCUGAGUCAAAUCUUCAAACUUCUGAGGAGAAGGCUCCAGUUAUUCAUGAUAAAGAAAGUUAUGGAUUGAGUAAUCAAAAUGUUAGCCAAGAAAUUUCUGGCAAAGUCCAGGGUGAAUCUACCUCUAAGGUAAAGGAUCUUCCUUUUGGUGAGAUGCCAGUCAAAAGAAUGGAGGGAAGUAACAAAAAAGUUCAAAUAAUUCCUGCUGUUGAAAGAGAGCAACCCAUUGCGUCUAUUUCUGAAGAAAAGCCUUCAACAGGUGUUCCUGAGCAAGGGGACAUACUUAUUGACAUUAAUGAUCGAUUUCCUCCUGAUUUCUUGUCUGAUAUGUUUUCACUUGCUAGAAAUGAUACUGUAACAGGGGUUGUUCUACCUACUGAUCGAAAUGGAUUGAGUUUGAAUAUGGAGAAUCAUGAACCAAAGCACUGGUCUUUCUUCCAGAAACUGGCCCAAGAUGAUUUUGUGAGAAGAGAUGUUUCUCUGAUGGAUCAAGACCAUAUUGGUUUUCCAAUACAUGCUAAUGUUGUGGAGGGAAUACCUGUGGAAUAUGUCUAUCCACAAACUAAAGAUGUUGUCUCUGUUGGUCUUGAUUCUCACAUGAACUUCCAUUCAAACAUACAGCAGCCCUCUCGUGGCUUCAUUGGGCCAAAUACCAUGAAUUUGCCUUCAGAUUAUGAUCCUCCUCCAACCACCAGUAUCCAAAGCAUGCAGUUUGAUGAUGGUAUAAUAAACUCAAGGGUAGUUGAGCCAGAUUAUCAGGAUGAGAAAGUGGAAGCUCAGCAUACAGGUUAUUCUCUCAUUAAUCUCUCGUUGGCUGACUUUGAUCCCAGUAGUCUUCAGAUAAUCAAGAAUGAAGAUCUUGAAGAGUUAAGAGAGCUGGGAUCUGGAACAUUUGGGACAGUCUACCAUGGUAAGUGGAGAGGAACUGAUGUCGCUAUCAAGAGAAUAAAAAAGACUUGUUUUACUGGCCGAUCAUCUGAGCAGGAGCGAUUGACAGUAGAGUUCUGGCGUGAAGCUGAAAUCCUUUCAAAGCUUCAUCAUCCAAAUGUGGUAGCAUUUUAUGGUGUGGUGGAAGAUGGACCUGGUGGUACACUUGCCACAGUCACAGAGUUCAUGGUGAAUGGUUCCCUCAGACAUGUAUUGCUUUCAAAGGAUAGACAUCUUGAUCGUCGCAAACGAGCAAUAAUUGCAUCUGAUGCUGCUUUCGGAAUGGAAUACUUGCACUCCAAGAAUAUUGUGCACUUUGAUUUGAAAUGCGACAACUUACUUGUCAACCUGAAGGAUCCUUCUCGACCUAUUUGCAAGGUGGGUGAUUUUGGGCUGUCAAAAAUCAAAAGGAAUACCUUGGUUACUGGAGGUGUUAGAGGAACACUUCCUUGGAUGGCUCCUGAACUAUUAAAUGGUAGCAGUAGUAAGGUUUCUGAAAAGGUUGAUGUUUUUUCUUUUGGGAUUGUAUUAUGGGAGAUUCUUACUGGUGAGGAGCCAUAUGCCAAUAUGCAUUAUGGAGCCAUCAUAGGUUUGUUUGAUUCCUUGCAGUCCUAUUUUGUCUCUUCUCUUUCAAGUAGAAAUAUUCUUGAAUCAGUCUUUUCUUUGGCACCUGUAACUGUUUAAUUUUACUUGAAGUACCCAAAGCAUCUGAAACAAUUGAAGCUUAAUUUACCCUUCACAAGAGUAAUUCAGUACCCAGACACCAAUGGGAAGUGGGGAAGAUUGUCUUUCCUUAUCAGAAGUAGUUUUCUGGGUGAUAAAAACUUUCUAAUGUAUUUGGGAUAAUUAUUGUUGAAGAAUUACAACUUGGUCUGCAACGCUUCCCUCUGAUUUUUCCAAAGUAGGAAGCAUUUGUGAAGCUCAACUAGCUUAGGUGUGGUCUUAAUUUUGUAAUAGGCUUAGUUGUUAUUUAACAGGAUAGAGUUUGUAAAAUGUGUAAUUUUUUUAAGUUGGUGAAUGGGAAGAAUAGCAUUUAGCUUGUUCUUGUUUGGAUAAUAUCAUAGACGACAGUGUGGUGAUGAAUUAACCGGACUUUAGGUGAGAAAUACUUCCACCUUUUGAGCUCUGAUGUGGCUCGUCCACAAGGGCACGUGCGAGUACAGAAAUCAAGUAAUCAUGAUUUGGGCAUUUAGGAUAUUUAAACAUAGCACUUACUGGUUGCAUUUCUGAGUAUCCUUGCACAUUAACCUAGCUUUAACCGGGAAAAGGUAUUUUCUGGAAACUGUUUUGAAGAAAGAUAAAUAUGUUGAGAAAAACAAAAGAAACUGAUGCCACAGUUAUCUGAUUCUAUUCAAGUUUCAGAGGAGGCGCUAAGCUUGGAUUUAUACUGGAGAUUUAUAAAAUUCUUUCAAUUGAUUUUCGGAUUGUGUUGCCAAAUGAUCUGAUUCUUAUAGUAGUCAUACAUUACUCCAUGGUUGCUCUAUUCAGGUAUGCUAGUGAAUAAUCUUCCCAGCAAAAAUGCAAUUAAAACUGUUUCUUUGAUUAAUUACUCAAACAUUUCCAAGAUAAAGUGAAACAUCCGAAGAAGAUAACUGCGACUAAAGAAGCAGAAAGUCUAAAUAGAUAAGUUUACACUGUUUUCUUUAUGCUUGUAUUCGAUUUCAGAUCUAAAGGAGCUACUAAUGUAUAACAUUUUGUCCACCUUCAUUCUAGCUUUUCAUCCGCUGAUCUUUGUACAUUACACUAGGGUUUCUCUGAACAAAAGGUUUAGAUUGUGAGAAGGUAGGAUAUUUUUCUAAGAUUUUUCCAAAAUGAAGAGAAUAUCAAGUAAUGAUAAUAAAACAGUUAGCUUCAAAAUUGUUUGACAGAACUUAGUUCGGACUUCUGAUUAUUAUUUGUAGGAAGAUAUGGCUUUUACCUGGUGAAAGGAUUAAGAUAGUGGUAGGUAUAACACGGUUGUUUAAUUACUAAUGAUUGUACAUCUGGGCUAAGAUUAACCUAUGUGAUACUGAAGUAGACUUGGUUUCCUGAAUAUUUCAGUUAGAAAAAUAAAACACCUGAAAAGUAUUAUAUUAAUAUUACUAGCCAGUUCUCAACCUUAGUGUAAAUCCGCAUUGUAUGGCGUCAAAAUCUGAAAAACUGCAUUACUUAUUCCCAAGUUCCUUGAUUAAUGUCUUCCAUCACAUGUUAUGCGAUCCCAAAGUAGAUUCUUCUUAACAAAGGUGGAGUACAAUUGAUUGUUAGUUUAAUCUCUGCAAAGCUGUAGAAAUUCCAUGUUCUUCAGUUUCUUGUAACUGCUUCAUUCCAUCAUCAUAUCAUUCCAUAUUAGUAGUCUAGUAACCCCCCUUAAUGUGGACGGUGGUUGUAUUAUUCAAAAGUUUUUGGAUUUUGCUUAUUGCCCUUUUUUGUACCAUGCCGUCUUCUUAUCAAGGACUUAAGAAAUAAUGUUUGCCUGAUGGAAGGUAAAUUAUUAUGGGAGAAAAGAUAGGUUCAUCCAUCAGGUGUGCAGGGUUUUAACUGUAUUCACAUGCAUAUCUAAGACGGAUCCACUUCCAAGUUCUAUAUUACAAGCCUAAUUUCUCAAGUCUGAUGUAUUCUGGCAAAGCAUUAGUCUUUUGUCAAAAAAUCUUACCAGCUGCUAUUCAUUUUUAUUUUUUCCAUUUUUGGUCUGGAUCAGUUAGAUAAGUCAGAUUUUAGUUGAACGCUGCAUGACACUUCCUUUUUUCUACAGGAGGCAUUGUAAACAAUACAUUGCGACCACCUAUACCAAGCUACUGCGACUCUGAUUGGGGAUUAUUAAUGGAGCAGUGUUGGGCUCCAGACCCCUCUGCACGGCCAUCCUUCACUGAAAUUGCGAGAAGGUUGCGCCUGAUGACUACCGCAGCUCCAACCAAAGCACAAAACUAUGCAAAACAGAAUCAAUUGGCUAAGUGAUUAUGCAGUAUUGUAUUCUACUCGUUGCCUCCAAAUUUUCCACAUAGGAGUUUCAUAGUUUGGUUAAUAUUAUGAGCAUAUUGACUGUGGGAUGGGUUGUGGAACCCCCCAAGAGUUUCAUAUUAGGGUGUGAAUAACAUGUCAUUGCGAUUACGUCGCAUAAUGCAUAUGGAGAUGCCUGCAAAAAGGUCAAACAGCAGUAAAUAUGUUGUAUAGCAUUAUUUGUAUCUAUGUUAUAUAUAUAAAUAUCCAACUGAGUUUGCUUUGAAGUUUCAUAUUGGCUCAAACGAUCUUUGUAAUUUGUCUCCUCAUGAUGAAACAUAUAUUUUUGGCCUUGAAAAAUGAAAAUGGUCC